AUGGACUUGACCGAGGAAGAACGCAGGUGGGCCAUGGCCAUCAAAGAAACUCUGACCAAUGAAUGCGCCGAGUUGGCAGCCACUACGACGGAUUUUGAGUAUGCACAUCAUGCCAUCAUUGCCAAGGAAAAAGUGCACAAAGCCAUCCGACGCAUCAAAAGAUUGCACAAGUUUCGACAAGACAAUGGAAUUCCAUUAGCAUUGGACGAACUGGAUGCUCAUACUGGCAUGAAAGCCAUUCGAAAGUUUGAAAAAUCUGCGACGGCAUGUUCUUGGCAUUUGGCACAGAACGCGACGAGGGCCGUAAUGAUGGAAAACUUCUCCUACUACUUGGAGACACGGGCUGCUCAUCUCUGCCAAGAUGCCUAUCCAAUUCGCAUAAGCAGUUUAAUUGUGCUACAUGCGCCCACUGUCUUUACAGUCAUGUAUGCCCUCAUCAAACCAUUCUUGACGCAAAAGGUUCGCAACGCCUUGCAGCUCACUGGCACCACACAGCAAGUCCAUGAACAGUUUUCCAAGGAGCUCAUCUCAAUUUCUUUGGGUGGUACACAUGACACAUCUGAUGCUCAACAAGCCAUGUUUCAGGGUCUGCAAAAGCGCUAUGCCAACAUGGCCACCUUUAAACUGUAG